AUGGCACCCAAAGGACUUGCAAUCCUCAUCGGCGCGGGGCCAACAUCCGGCGCAGGCAUCGCCCGCAUCCUCGCAAGCCCUCAGCAUGGCAACCUCGCAGUCGCCCUCCUCGCGAGAAACCCAGACAACCUGCACAAGCUUGCAUCCGACCUCGGCAAGUCUUCAGACGGCAUCCUCCACCCGUUCCCGACGGACACCCAGCCGGACAACCUCCGGCGCGCGUUCCAGCAGAUCGCCGACCACCCGGACUUCAAGGACCUCAAGCUGAAGCUGGCCAUCUACCACGUCAAGAACUCGAGUAGGAAGCCGUUCCUCGAGGAGACGCCGGAAGCCUUCAACGACAGCAUGAGCACCUACACCACCGGCGCCGUCGUGUUCGCGCAGGAGGCCCUGAAGGUCAUGUACGCCCAGAACGGCGGGCAGACGCUCCUCGCCGACACGGACGGGGCCAAGAAGGGCACCGUCAUCUUCACGGGGACGCUGGGGGCCAUGCGCACGAACCAGCAGUAUGCCGCCUACGGGGCCUCCCGGGCGGCGGCGCGGAUGGUGGCACAGUCCAUCGCGAAGGAGCACAGCAAGUUCGGCGUGCACGUGGUCCACGCGAUUGCCAACGGCGGCAUCAUCGACGAGGAGGGCCAAGACACGAGAACCGGCAAAAAGAUGCGGGCGGAGGACGUUGGCGAACUCUAUCUGUGGCUUUCGCAACAGCCAAGUUCGCUGUGGACUCACGAAUUGGACAUGAGGCCAGCGCAAGAGGCUUUCUAG